AUGGUCCGGAUUAAGCGUGCCAGCAGAUUCCAUACCGUACUGGGCAACAUCUUCUCCCUCUGCGCUGCGCACAUCGGGCCCCAGGGCAAUGGGCCGUGGUGGCGGCACAGGUGGCAACUCCACCACACCGACUCUGCCGGCUACGCGGAGACAGUGCUGCACUGCCUACACUCCAUGGAGUCGCACGGCCAUGCGGCCAUCAGUGUCUUCCACGUCAUGCUCAGGCUGGCAUCGGCGCGAGCAGUGGCCCACGCCUGGGCACCCGUGGCCGAGCGGCUCCUGCACUGCGUGAUCAACGAUCUGGCCAUGACGAAGGCCGCUGUGGAGCGGAUGCGCCCCACGAUUGUCGCCCAGUUCUUCGACGCCUCGAUGGUUCUGCAUGGCUGA